AUGUCGCGGUCAGCAUCUAGUAGGGCACCAAAGCUCAAUGACCCCUCCCUCUUCAAGACCGAUGUCUGCUACGUAAACGGAGAAUGGGUCAAAGCUGCGUCGGGUAAGACCUUUAGUGUCUAUGACCCCGCCACCGGCGAACUUGUAGGCACUUCUCCCGAGUUCACCGGAAAGGACACAGAAACUGCUAUCGCUGCAGCCGCCGCCGCAUUUCCUAGCUUUCGAACGAAAACUGGUCGCGAGAAGGCUAAAUUGCUUCGCAAAUGGUACGACUUGAUGGUAGAAAAUGCGGACGACCUCGCCAAGCUGAUCACAUGGGAGAACGGAAAGCCGCUCGCGGAUGCGAAGGGAGAGGUAAACUACGCUGCUGGCUUCUUCGAGUGGUUCAGCGAAGAGGCGCCAAGGAUAUACGGUGAUUCUAUCCCAGCUACGGUAGCUGCCAACAGAGUCAUAACUAUUAAGCAGCCUGUCGGUGUUUGCGGAUUGAUUACACCAUGGAACUUCCCCGCUGCGAUGGUUACACGAAAACUUGGCCCCGCUCUAGCAGCUGGCUGCACGGUUGUUGUUAAGACGCCGGGAGAGACGCCAUUCACGGCUCUAGCUUUAGCUGAGUUGGCACACCGCGCUGGAAUUCCCAAAGGUGUUGUCAACUUCGUCACGACCUUAGAAAACACACCCGAGGUUGGAAAGACGCUGGCGACUCAUCCUACCGUACGGAAGAUUUCGUUUACUGGAUCGACUGGUGUAGGAAAGCUUCUCAUGAACCAAGCAUCCCCAACUUUGAAGAUCUUGUCCAUGGAGCUCGGAGGUAAUGCGCCAUUCAUCGUAUUUGACGAUGCCGAUGUCGACGCGGCGGUUACAGGUGCCAUUUCCUCCAAAUUCCGAUCUUCUGGGCAGACUUGCGUAUGUGCAAACAGGAUAUAUGUCCAAAAGGGUAUCUAUGACGAAUUUGCUAAGAAGUUUGCCGCGAAGGUCAAGGACUUCAAGGUUGGCAACGGAUUUGACGAGGGUGUCACUCAUGGACCCCUAAUUCACGACCGGGCCAUCUCAAAAGUAGAAGCCCACAUUAAGGACGCCGUCGAGAAGGGAGGCAAGGUUGUCAUUGGAGGGCAAAAGUUGCCAGAUAUAGGUGCCAACUUCCAUCAACCUACCGUUAUCACUGGAAUGACGAAGGAUAUGGCCAUUGCGGGUGAAGAAACCUUUGGACCUGUUGCCGCUCUAUUCCCGUUCGGUACAGAAAAGGAAGUUGUAGACCUAGCAAACGCCGCCGAGGUUGGUCUGGCAGGAUAUUUCUUCUCAAGAGACCUAGAGCGGAUUACAAGAGUGGCUGAGGCCCUAGAAGUAGGAAUGGUGGGUGUUAACACUGGUCUGAUUUCCGACAUUGCUUCGCCAUUCGGUGGUGUUAAGCAAUCUGGAUUCGGAAGAGAAGGAUCUAAGUACGGCAUCGAUGAAUACUUGAACAUUAAGACAAUAACGUGGGGAGGCAUGGACAAGCCAUUGCAAAGUUAA